GUGACGAGACGCAGUACGUGAUUAGUAACAAUUAGGUAUUUAAACACCUGAAAUGCAGGAUACAUAGAAGUAUCUGGCAGCAACAUGCUUAGUUAUGGCACGGUAGCUGUCUUGAUCCUCGGUGCUGCAUUUGCGGUUCCCAACUCAGAGGAAGUCUGCGUGACCAAUGGAAACAUUUACGAGAAAGGAGACAAAUGGCAGCCUGUCGGUGAAUGUGCUGAAGCCACUUGCAAGGGCAAUGACGAAUACACGAAAUUAGGCUGUGCUCUCAUACGAGUAGAUGAAUCAGCAGGAUGGACCCUGACAGAGGAGGACCCCAGCAAGUCGUACCCUGAAUGUUGCCCGCAACCAGUUCCUCCUGCAUCCACCACUGAGGACCCCUCCUUGCGUUUGCCUUGCUUUGAGGACGGUAAAAUCUACGAGGUAGGACAGCAACGAGACAUUCCUGGCUAUUGUGGGCUUAACGUUUGCGCCGGGAACGACAAAUGGACUCAAGCAGCGUGUGGACUGGUUGCAUUACCAGAAGGUUACACGCUGUCUCCUGAAGAUCCUAGCAAGCCAUACCCGGACUGCUGUUCCAAAGCUGUCCCACCCAAGAAGAAUUAAUCAAUUAUGACUUAUAACAAAUUAAAAAUACAUAUAAUUUUAAGUUCAA